AUGUCUCAGCAGCAGAUCAGCCUCCCAGCCAAGCUCAUUAAUGGAGGUAUUGCUGGUAUUGUUGGGGUUACUUGUGUCUUCCCCAUUGACCUGGUAAAGACCAGGUUGCAGAAUCAGAGACAAGGACAGCAGGUCUACAAGAGCAUGAUGGACUGCCUUGUCAAGACAGUUCGAUCAGAGGGGUUUUUUGGCAUGUACAGAGGCGCUGCUGUAAAUUUGACCCUGGUCACCCCAGAGAAGGCGAUCAAGCUGGCUGCUAAUGACUUCUUCAGACAUCACCUGUCCAAGGACGGAAAGGGGCUGACGGUGGUUAAAGAGAUGCUGGCAGGUUGUGGUGCCGGCAUGUGCCAGGUCGUUGUCACCACCCCCAUGGAAAUGCUCAAGAUACAGCUACAGGAUGCGGGCAGACUCGCGGCCCAGCAGCAAAAACCUGUCAUGAUGUCUCCCACCAAGCUGGUGGCCACUAACACCAUGCUCAGCCGCUCCUACAACUCCGGCACGGUGGUGUCGGCACCGCGAGCUGUAUCUGCCACACAGAUCGCAAAGGAACUCCUCCGCACGCAGGGCAUCCAGGGGCUCUACAAAGGGCUAGGGGCAACGCUGAUUAGGGAUGUUCCCUUCUCUAUUGUCUACUUCCCGCUGUUUGCCAACCUGAACCGCCUUGGCAAACCCAGCCCCGAGGAGUCGUCGCCCAUCUAUUGGGCUUUCCUCUCAGGCUGCGCUGCAGGAUCUGCCGCCGCUGUGGCUGUUAACCCUUGUGACGUUGUGAAGACUAGACUGCAGUCACUGAACAAAGGAGCCAGUGAGGAGACUUACAGUGGAGUUGUGGAUUGCGUGAGUAAAAUAAUGCGGAAGGAGGGGCCCUCUGCCUUCCUGAAAGGAGCAGGCUGUCGAGCUCUGGUCAUCGCUCCUCUGUUCGGCAUCGCACAGGUUAUGUACUUCGCUGGAGUUGGCGAAUACAUCCUGGACAACUCACCUCUGAAAAUCCUGUCGGCAUGAGAGCACAUCAACUCGCUGGCUAUGCGUAGGACCUUCUGAGCGUAGAUGGCGGAACAACUGGCAGCUACAUACCAUCAGUUCUCACAAAAACAACAAAAAUAUCACACAAGCCUUUCUCUGACAGUCAGAGAACGGCUUAUGAAGACCUAUGAUUUUAUCCUCUGACAGCUGUGUUGCACUUAAACACUUUUGUGACUUAUUCAGUAGGCUGUAGCCAACGUUUCAGUAGGCUGUAGCCAACGUUUCAGUAGGCUGUAGCCAAUGUUUCAGUAGGCUGUAGCCAAUGUUUGCACUUGGAGCUGUUUAGCCUAACAGGGCUGGGGGGGACUCAGAGUUGCAGUGUUAUUCUUUCUUUGUCCCCGAGACAGUCCUGUUCUGUUUCCCUCUAUGAGGGAGGGGAGCUCACUCCAUCAAAGAGACAGACCUAUUUUUGUGUUUUCUUCCAUACUAUCAUUUUUCAUAUUAAUUUGUAUGCUAGUUUUAUUUUUGAAUUGCUGAAUGCAGCAGCUUGCAGUACUGUGUAUGUUUCCUUUUCCAUCGCUGUCUCAUGUUACAAAGCCUUCAAGUUGGAACAAAGGCUUCAAACGGGAGACACAUGGGACCCAAAGGGAUCUUUUUUUAAUUUGUUUUUUUUAACAUACAUUUUCAGCGAGAUUUGUCGAGUGUUUAAUUUCACUGAUCAUGAACCUUCCUACUGACAUGGGACCAUAUGGUUUGCCAAACGGUAAACUGUGUCCUGUUAUAUACUUGAUAUUAGCCCUACAGUUGUCUAGUAGUCUACUGCAGUGUUUGUAUCUUAAUACCUGCAAAAACUUGAUGCAUUCAUGCACAUUAUAUAUGUAUGUGUUUGUCACCGUGACCUCAGUAUAGAUAUUAACAUGCAUAACUGAACCGCAAAAUAAUUUUUUUUUUCUUGGUUUAUGCCUUAACACGCUUGGCCAGAAAAAAAAAAGGCAUUAUUACUGUGACUGAGCAUGUGAAAAAUGACUGUUACCAUGUUUUGUGAUUGUGAUCCUUUUUGUACAUACCGUAUAUAUAAACAUUAAAAUUUGCAAUGUACUCA